AUGAGCCGCCUAUUGCCGGCAGCGCAGGAUGAGAGCUUAGUGCAGGAGCAGGUUUGCCCUGAGCCCAUUUUCAGGUUCUUCAGAGAACACAAGGUAGAGAUUGCAAGUGCAAUAACAAGACCAUUUCCUUUCCUUAUGGGCCUCCGAGACCGCUCCUUCAUCUCUGAGCAGAUGUAUGAACAUUUUCAAGAAGCUUUUAGAAACCUGGUCCCAGUGACAAGAGUGAUGUAUUGUGUACUCAGUGAACUGGAGAAGACGUUUGGCUGGUCACAUCUGGAAGCAUUGUUCAGCAGGAUUAACCUGAUGGCCUAUCCUGAUUUAAACGAGAUUUACAGAAGCUUCCAAAAUGUAUGCUAUGAACACCCACCUCUCCAAAUGAAUAAUGUAAACGAGUUAGAAGACAGACCCAGAUUACUACCAUAUGGUAAACAAGAGAACAGCAAUGCCGAUCAUGAAACGGGUGAUGUAGCAGUGCCUCAGGAAGCCUUGAGCUCCUCGCCAAGGUGUGAGCCAGGUUUCUCUUCAGAGUCUUGUGAGCAAUUAGCCCUCCCAAAUGCUGAUGGAGGAGACGCAGAAGAUGCACCCAGUCUACUACCAGGUGGGGGAGUGUCCUGUGAACUUGCUAUACAAACAGAUGAAGGAGAAUCAGAUGAAAUGCCCACAUUACUGCCUUAUGAUACGGAAGUUCUAGAAAGCAACAGGAUGACAGAUGCAGCAAGGACAUACAGCACAGCACCAGGGAAGAAAGAGGGAGACGAGGAAGGCAGGAACAGUCCCGGAAAAAGAAACCAAGACAAGGAAAAGUACCAAGAGAGUCCGGCGGCAAGAGACAGAGAGGGCAGUGAUGACUGUUCGCAAAUGUGUGAUGGAGAAGAGCCCCAGGAAGCCUCCAGCUCCCUAGCAAGAUGUGGGUCAGUUUAUUGUUUCUCUGCAGAGACCUUUGAUCUAAAAACUCCGCAAAUCACUAAUGAAGGAGAACCAGAGAAGGGGCCCUGUCUACCAGAUGAAGGAGAAGGUAAUUCUGAUUUAAGUUUUUAA